AUUGCUGUGGGCAUUUUGGUUACAAGAACUCAACCCCCUAUAUGCCACACUUGAGCCUCCUGUAUGGGGAUUUAACAGAUGAAGAGAAGAAAACUGCUCGAGAGAAUGCUUACGUCCUUGAUGAAAGCAUUGGCAGCUUAAAUUUCCAGAUAUCUCGCUUAGCAUUGUAUAAAACUGACACUGAAGACAAGAGCUGCAAAUCUUGGGAGAAGGUGUCUGAAUGCAAGCUCAAACCUUAAUAGGUACAUGGCAGUUGGCUUUGAUCAACCGAUGCCGAGCUCCUAGUCCUCUAAACCAUGAAUAAGAUGACAGCUUUUGGUCCAUGUGUAUAUGCAAUAACGGACCCUGGUGAUUGCCGCUAAAUGCUGUUAUGCCCUUUUUAUGCUGUUUACUAUGUUCUUGCAAGAUCUGACUUGGACAAACUCCAUGCAACAGGAAAUUAUUGAUAAUUAUCCCCACAUAGCGGGAAAAAUUUAGAAAAUCGAAUCAAGCAUGUCAAAUGUAUUUUUUAUAAGGAAAACGUUUCACUUGUGAGGCCCA